CUAAAUGACAGGAAUUUCAUUUUUUUUUUUUUUUUAGAUCUAGGGACUCUCUUCAUUUUAAAUGUGAGUGAGAAGCACAAGGGGACUUAUCUUUGUGUAGCAGAAAACACAGCUAUAAAGACCGAAAGGACAACCAAACUUUCUGUGGCAGCACGAGACCCCAUGUGUCCAUCAGGGGAAGGGAGUGAAGACAACUGCAGGGACUACCUUUCCCUAAAGAACAACACUUUGAAUGGCCGUACUGCAUGCAGAUUUGGUCAGAUCACCACAGUCAACAGACUUAAAGAGGACUCAGUAAAAAGUCUUCUCACACUGGAUGAUGAAGAAAAAACUCCUGUCCCAAGUGGUCUGAUGGCAACAACAUCCUUUGGGAAGUCAAAGAAUGUAAAAGAACUCAUGUCAAGCCUCCCAGAAGUCUUAAAUGCCACACUUUCAACUGUAAAAAGAAAUACUUCAUACCAUGGGACUACUCCUAGAGAUCCAAUGAAUACAAUGCAACCUGAUCUUGUUGGCAGUGUGAGCGUCACAAGUGCCUUGGAAGAUAACGCCUUUGGGUCCACUCAAACUGCUCCAUUUACAAUGCAACCAAAUCCCGCUGAAAUGACCUUCAAAAGAGGAGCAUCGACACAGCAAUUAUCCACCAAAGAAAACCUGCAAAGUCCAUCUACUGAACUCUUGACCCCAGACAAUUUGGAACUAAACGAAUGGCCAAAGAAGAACAGUUCUCAGUCUCCAAUGAAAACGAGUGACGGUAAUCCAAGGGCCAAACAUCCAGAUGCACCUUUGGGCACACCAUCCUCAUGGCUCCCAGUUUUGGAAAAGCAUGACAUUCCCAUUGUAGUUGGUGUUGGAAUCUCACUAUUGCUCAUUUUUCUGACCAUGGGUUUCUAUUCACUUAUUCAGAAGAAUGGCAAUACAGACAGCAGCCAUGGAUUUUUGCGCCACUCUGGGGUCUCAAGUCGAAACUGCAGCAAACUGGAGUCAACACGAACGUAUGAGAACAGGGCUUUUGAAGACGACAACUCUGUGGCUGUUAUUGAGGAGAUUUCAUACCAAACCGUCUCCAGCCCCAGUCAGCCCACUUCCAACACCAUCACAGUGACAGCGGAGCUCUCUCCAAAAGGGCAGCGACAGACUAUGGACCUGCUGACCGAGAACAUUCUUGAAUCUUCCCAGAAUGCCUUAGCAGAAACUGGCCUGGACCAGAUAACAGAAAUCCAAGUGGCUGACAAUGAUUUCAAGCUGGAUGUUACAAACGAAUGGGGAAAAAACAUUGCUACUCUCGAAGAUUGUGCUCCACUUCGCACUGAAGCUGACCAAAACGACGACACAUCCAGACAAUGCCCGGAAACUGAGGUGUCAGCCCUGGGCAGCCCAGUUCCUCCUCCAGAGGAAGCGUUGCACACUUCCUUAACUCUCCAAACACCAGAGUCCGGCGCUACGAACGCUACACCCAUCAGACAUAACAUCAACAUCUGCCGUGGCCAGGCAGCAGCUCCCAUCGUCCUGUCACACACGAUGUCACUUGGGGACAGGAACAGCCUGGGGAUUACAACCGUUGCAGUCGAUGUACAUUUCUACUCGGGCUUACCUGGUCCGGCAGCUGUCCCGGCUCAAGGCCUCGGCUCAAACAGCAGCCCAGCUGUGUGCCCAGAACUUGACUCUCAAGACUCAGCAGUGCACUGUGGAGCGUGUUCAGCAGCCGGAGUAUCGACGACAUAG